UCCAGCGUAGAUACAUACUCACACCUGUGAAUCAACACUCGGUAGAACCACAUUUGGCAGCAGCUGCAGCUGUUGUGUUGAUGUAUGUCUUCUGCCGUUGUGCUUCUACUGAGGGAUCCUGCUGGGCGAAUCUGUGCAAGUUCUGUCGCUUUGCAUAAAGUCUCUGUUGGACAGUGAGGACAGUCCUGCCUUUCACUGGAUUAUCCCAGUUUCAUUGUCUUCAAGCCACUCCGGUCCUUAGUCUUCAGGUCAAAAUCUCUUAAAAAAACAUCUCCAUCCCAAUCAUUUACAGACCGUGGCACGUUUCCCUCCAAUUUGACUAGCAUUCUCACCCCUGCCGAUGAAAGCCAGACACACUCACAGCAUCCUUCACGGUAGGGGUGGAGCUGUGUCUGUGAUGUCCCAUGUUGGAUGUGUACCAGAGGUAGCGGAAUAGCGUGUCACAUUUAUGUCUGUUUACAUUUUUUCCCUUCAAAUCCCUUUUUUUUAAUCACUGUUUAAUUAUCCUCUUACUUUUUUCCUCCAAAAGGUGAGAUCUUGCUUUUCAUUUUUCCAGACAAGCUAUUUAACACUUAUCUCACCUCUCAUCUAUUCUGCUCUUUAUAUUUUUAAAACUCGUCACUGGUGAUUUCUGGUGACCCUGUGGUUUCCUGAAAAUGCCCCCGUCUGCUAGGAUAGCCUGCCCUGAGCAGUUUGUGGGGCCAUUAAUUACCUUAACGACUGACUUGGCCUUGCUGCAGGGGAUAUUCCAAUGUAUUUAAAACCUAUAUUUUAUCUUAGCUCUCAUUAUUUACCUCGUUGGUAAAGAAUUAGAGACAGAGCAUUUGAAGCAAAUUGUGCAUCAAUUCUAUCUAACUUACUGCAUAAUUAUUGAUAGCAACUGCUUGCAUCCAGUGUUAUUUUUGAAAAGAGUGUUUUAACAUCAUUUGACAUUCCCUAAUGUUAUGAAUCAGUUUCAUAAAAUAUUUUGUCCUUGUGUGCAUGUACAAUAUGCCAGGUUUGUUAUACAAAGGGAUCAACUCACUGCAAACUUUACUAAUGAUCCUUUCAGUUUUGCACCCCGUUUCUCCUCAUGCUGAAAAUGUAGAACAGGUUGUGUAAACUGUAACUGUAAAUUGUGCGUAAAAUCCUUGGCUCAUUAUAAGGAACAUAUGACUCACUUCUCUAUAGGUGCCACAUAUACACUCAGCGGCCAGUUUAUUAGGUAAACCUACUUGCAAAUGCGAACAACCUGCUCCUCUGAACAGAAAAUCACUGAAUACAUGCACCACAGAGACACGGCUGGUGAUUCACUUGCAGUUAGUCAAUCCAUUGGAAUGACUAAGACACCUGAUCUAAGUGCAUUUGAAUGCGGUGUGAUUGUUGAUGGCAGACGUGGUGGAUCCAGCAUCUGAAACACAUCCGCCCUCCUGGGAUGCAGACACACCACAAUGUCUAUAGUUUACAGGGAAUCGUGUGAUGAGCAAAACACAUACAGUCGGUGGCAUUUCUGUGGCCAGAAACACCUAGUUAAUGAAAGAGGUCAGAAGGGAACAGCCAGAAUCAUUACAGUCAUACAUUUAUACUUCAGCUUUAAAAAUCACUUACACAAAGGCAACAAGUGCAAAAAAUACAGCACACAGAGCUGUGAAGAAAGGCUUCUCUGAAUGCCCAACUUGUCUAACUUCAAAGCAAUUCUGGAGGGAUAAUUGGGUCCUACAAAGUAGUAGCUACUUAUUAAAGUAGGAACUGAGUGUAUAUUUAACAGCGAAUGUUAAAUACUGAGACAUAGCCUAGAUAAAUGCAUUAAUGGGAUCCCACUUGAUUUCUAUCCAAAAUUAUUUAUUUACCCCCCUUUUUUUGGAACUCUGCCUUUUAUGCAAAUAAGUCUGAGCAUCAUGCUUCAGUGUGACACACCAGGAAGUGAAAGUAGCAGUCGCCGCAGAAGAACAGGCUGUCUGGCUCCCAGCCUCUCCGACUUUCCAAAUAGCGUAGCGCUAAAAAUAGGGAUAAAGAGCCCAACAACAGAACGGAAGGCAGACAGAAAUGAUUCCUUUGGUGACCUGAGGUGCUGCCUUAGCUGAUGUUCCGUGGUCAGCUGUACGAAGUUAGCUGAGAGUGUGCAACCUUUCAAUGUCAUUGGCACAGUCUGCCUUUUUGAAGGUAAGUCUGGCAGCACUGGAGAAUCCUUGCUCUUUGCAUGUGUGAAUAAUUUGGAUUUUUUUUUUUUAUACCUUUUUCUGUGUUUACAUUUUUUAUGUAUUAUGCAUGAAAUCCAGCAAGGGAAUAUUUUUGAAUUGUUGUUAUUUAAAUUUUUUAAUCACCCUGGGAUUAGCCGGGCGGCUUGCCCCAUUUUAUGUCAUUGAGUUGAGCAUAUCUGUAAUUACCUGUUGGCUGGAUACUUCCUCCACAUUGUCCCAGGAAAUACAGACUUAUAUUGACUUAUAAUGUCUUAUAUCAAUAAAAGUACUUCCCAUAGCAGACACUGUGUGUCUGCUUCUGCUAUUGGUUUUGUUUACAAACCCUACUGCCUUGCUGGUGGUUAAACUAUUACACAUGCUAUUGUCCUAAUUGGUGCCGUUUGGAACCUGAAAUCAUCAGCAUCGUUACACAUAUAAUAUUACAAAUACUAGAUCUAACUGACACAUUCCAUCCCCCGAAAAUCAUCCCCUCCCAAGUACAGUGUACACACGUCAGCUCAUCCGUGUCAGACGUCACAAGCACAAAAGCACCUUGCAAUGUUGUUUUACUCAACGGCCCCUUGUUGCGUUUGACCCUCAUGCAUGUAGCUACUGUAGUUAGAACCAACAUGUUUGCAUCACAUAGACUGUCAUCAAUGCCAUGAAUAUAGUGCUUAUAUAGUCCAGGCAGUUUGAAAUGCAUCAGCCGUCAAAACACCUCUGACAUCACCAAUGAAACCAAUAAAAAGGACAGAGUUGAAUACACCUUCAUUACACCUUCAUUACAAUUACUGCACAUCAGACAUUUAAGACAUUUAAUAUGACUAAUGAGGCAGCAAUAUAGAUAUUUAUUUAGGUAGGCCUAUUUGUUUUUAGCAAAGAAGUUCAAUGUUUGCAUAUUUAUGUCAUCAAUAAAAAAUAUUGUAAAAUCUAAACAUUAUUUUGCAAAUAUCCAUCCAUCCUUGCUAAUUCUGGUUUGGGUCACUUGGAAGCAAUCCCAGUCAAGGUGGGGUUCACCCUGGACAGGAUCCCCGUCCAACACUGAGCACAUACACACAAUCACUCAAUGGGCAAUUUAGAGACAACCGGUAGCCAAGCUAUAGGAAGAAAUCCACAUAUCAUAAUGAGGAAAUGCAAAAUUCCCACACAGACAUCGGAGGCAGGAUUCGAACCUGCAACCCUAGAGGUGUGAGGUUCCACGAAGGACCUUUCCUCCAUAAUUUAAAGACUAUACAAUAAAAAUGUCAUUCAGCAGCAGCGACUCAGACGUUCUUUUGACAGCGUGGUAGAAAACUUUCAGGUUUUAACACUAGAGGACGCCAGUUAAUAACCCGUUGAUCCGAGCGAACGGUCACUUAGGAAAUUUAGUAUCUUCAAGCCGGAUUCAACAUGUUAUAAUUGUUAAAACAUUAAGGUGUCGUUUUUGAGGGGCGUAAAAUGCCAGAAUGAUUCUCUGCAUUUUGUGUUAGCAAUAAAGUUUCGCUCAAUGGCGCUUUAUUUAUUCAUUUCAAAAUCACUGCUUAUUCUUCAAAGAAUAAUUAAGUAUACAAGUCACUACUGCUGUUGUAUAUAAAUAACAAUACAUGGGAACAUUAAACAGACCCCAUAUCAUUCUUUUAAAAUGAGUAUUGAUGAUACUAUUUCCUCAUAUUUAUUAGCGAAUAAUUAUUUUCCUAUUGUGUGCGUUUAUAAGCAUAGCCGUGCAGUGUGAGGCGGCUCGGACGUGUGAGACACGCCGCAGUUUUACCAGAACGCACCCAGCAUGAACGCACCGGUUUGCUGGACAAUCACCUGUUUUGCUCCCCGUGUUCAUUCUCUCACUCUCUGUGUCUUUGCCUGCAUAUUCUCCCUCCCAAAGAUGAACGAAGGCAAAUGUUAAUCUUCCCGAUGCCAUGGACAAAAGAGAGGUUUCUGGGGGAUCUACCGAGGUCAUGAAAAGCAAAGCGAGCGGCGGCGAUGGCAGCCAUAGCAACACGGCUGCGUGCGCGGCUGGGAGCCGCGGGACCGUGCUGGAUGUCAGGGGCGGCGCGGUGACCGUCUCCCCGGUUGCCUCCGCCCAGCCGCGCCCGGGAUCGCAGCACAGCGCCGACAGCACCGCCGUCCUGGACGAAGCAGCAGCAGCAGCAGACAGCAAGGCGGAGCCAAAAGUCCAGCAACAGCGUGUACGUCGGACUGGUGUAAGCGGCGGCUGUGGUGUGAAGAUCAAGGAUCUUACGCCGGGAGGGGGAGCCGCGUCAGUGACAUGCAAGUGCUCAAACAGCAGCGACGAGCCCUGCCCCUCGCAAGGCGAGCAGUCUGCGCCUUCUGCUGCCAUAGGCACCACGAUCUCGGCCGUGGCUGCUCAGGAGGAUGCUGAUGGUCGCGGCGCCUCAAAGGAAGGGGGCGAAGGGGACGCGGCGACAGGGGUAGUGGCGAACGGCGUGGCCACUGGCUCGGCAGGUGGAGGUAGCGACGCCACGGCUACCGUCACAGGCAUGAAAUGCAACACAAACGGCGACUGCAGGAGAGAUCCGUCCUCUAUAGGGAGCCUGUCUUCCAUAAUCUCUAAACAGGAGAAGCAGGGUGCGGGGAUAACUGGAGCCGAGGACGGGAAAAGGCGGAGCGGCUGCAAUUCUACAACCGCCAGUAUGGACGGCUCGACCACCCCUGCCGGCUCAUUGGCACAGGGGCAGGGGGGCGAGACGGCGAACCCCGGUGCCACCGGUGUCGUCGAGAAGAAGGACUCCAGAGUUUCCUUCUCCAAUGCGCCCAGCAGGAAAUCAUCCUCCUCUGUGCUGGGCGCCGGUCAGACCCAGAACCAGCAGACCCGGAAUUCAGUGACAUUCCUUAAAUCUGAGGAUGGACCACAGAUCCUGCCGGAGGAUGGGGAGCUGCGGGACAACCAGACGUUCAUGCAGCGCCAGUUCAGCUCCAUGCUGCAGCCGGGAGUUAAUAAAUUCUCCUUGCGUAUGUUUGGGAGCCAAAAAGCGGUGGAAAGAGAACAGGAGCGAGUUAAAUCGGCGGGCAACUGGAUUAUCCACCCCUACAGUGAUUUCAGGUUCUAUUGGGAUUUCACAAUGCUCAUGUUUAUGGUGGGCAACUUAAUCAUCAUCCCCGUGGGCAUCACAUUUUUCAAGGACGAAACCACCACGCCAUGGAUUAUUUUCAACGUGGUAUCGGACACCUUCUUUCUCAUGGACCUGGUGCUCAACUUCCGCACUGGCAUCGUCAUCGAGGACAACACGGAAAUCAUCCUUGACCCGGAGAAGAUCAAAAAGAAGUACCUGAAGACGUGGUUUGUGGUCGACUUUGUCUCCUCCAUCCCUGUGGAUUAUAUCUUUCUCAUUGUGGAGAAGGGCAUCGACUCUGAAGUGUAUAAGACUGCCCGCGCCCUGCGGAUCGUGCGCUUCACCAAAAUCCUCAGUCUCCUGAGACUCCUGCGACUCUCCCGACUCAUCCGCUACAUCCACCAAUGGGAGGAAAUCUUCCACAUGACCUACGACCUGGCCAGCGCAGUCAUGCGCAUCUUCAACCUGAUCGGCAUGAUGCUGCUGCUGUGUCACUGGGAUGGCUGCCUGCAGUUCCUGGUGCCCAUGCUGCAGGACUUCCCCGCCGACUGCUGGGUGUCGCUCAACAAGAUGGUGAAUGACUCCUGGAGUGAGCUGUAUUCCUUCGCCCUCUUCAAGGCCAUGAGUCACAUGCUUUGCAUCGGCUACGGGCGACAGGCGCCGGAAAGCAUGUCUGACAUCUGGCUCACCAUGCUCAGCAUGAUCGUGGGGGCCACCUGCUACGCCAUGUUCAUCGGCCACGCCACCGCGCUCAUCCAGUCCCUGGACUCGUCGCGGCGGCAGUACCAGGAGAAGUACAAGCAAGUGGAGCAGUACAUGUCCUUCCACAAGCUGCCGGCCGACUUCCGCCAGAAGAUCCAUGACUACUACGAGCACCGAUACCAGGGCAAGAUGUUUGAUGAGGAGAGCAUCUUGGAGGAGCUUAACGAACCACUACGGGAGGAAAUCGUGAACUUCAACUGCCGCAAGCUGGUGGCCUCCAUGCCGCUCUUCGCCAACGCGGACCCCAACUUCGUGACGGCCAUGCUGACCAAGCUGCGCUUCGAGGUCUUCCAGCCAGGCGACUACAUCAUCCGCGAGGGCACCAUCGGCAAGAAGAUGUACUUCAUCCAGCACGGGGUGUUGAGCGUGCUCACCAAGGGCACCAUGGGAAUGAAGCUUUCAGAUGGAUCCUACUUUGGAGAGAUCUGCCUGCUGACCCGCGGCAGACGCACAGCUAGCGUCCGCGCCGACACCUACUGCCGGCUCUACUCCCUCUCAGUGGACAACUUCAACGAGGUUCUGGAGGAGUACCCGAUGAUGAGGAGAGCCUUCGAGACCGUGGCCAUCGACCGACUCGACCGCAUCGGGAAGAAGAACUCCAUCCUCAUGCACAAGGUCCAGCACGACCUCAACUCCGGCGUCUUCAACAACCAUGAGAACGAGAUGAUCCAGGAGAUCGUGAAGUACGACCGGGAGAUGGUGCAACCAGUGGACCAGCCGCGUGCCAUGUCGCUGACCCCGCCCAUGCACGGGGGCAUCUUCGCCCCGCCAGGCCCUUCGCAGGCCCCCUCGGCCAUCGCCACGCUACAGCAGGCCGUGGCCUUAAGCUUUUGCCCCCAGGUGGCCAGCCCGCUGGUGGGCCCCAUGGCGCUGCAGUCGCCCAGGAUGGUGCGCCGCUUCCAAGUGGUGCAGAGCCUGUCCAGCCCGGUCUCGGUGUCCCCUCUCCAGGCCCAGCAGGCUGUCCAGCCCCAGGCCUCUGGCGGGUCCUUUGCCUCAGCCAUCUCCAGCCCCCCUGUCCAAAGCCCGCUCGCCACCGGGGCACGAACUUUCCAGUAUGGCUCCAGUCCCAUGGGGGCCUCUUCUGGCUCUCAGCUUUCCCUAGUCCAGCAGCGGGCCCCCAGCCCCACGCAGCGGCCUGCCACGCACAAGAGUACCCACUCGUUGCACAGCAGCAGUCUGAGCCAAGAUGCCCGCGCUCUGUCGGCAUCGCAGCCCUCCCUGCCACACGAGGGCGCUCCACCGGCGGCCCCCAGCCUGCCACAGUCCAGCCGCGUCUCCUCCACGUCCAUCGGGCCUCCCCAGGCCCACCCUGGCACGUCAGGGGCUUCGGGUUACAGGGGUGCGGUGCCACAGAGGGUAAUGCUCCCCCAUCAGAUGUCGAUGGGGUCCUUCCCUUCCUCGUCCCUCGCCGGCGUGUCGCCUGGGAUUGGGGCGGCCGCCGCUGUCGGACUGGGCCAGCUGGACUCUGGGUCACCGAAGAAAGAUUCCAUAGUCAGUCUCCCCGAAACGGACUCCAUCAGAUCCAGGCUCUCCUCCAACUUGUGACACGGAAGAGUCCCGUGUGCUGAGGAGCCGUGUUUUGUGAGCUACAAGGGUCCUGGUCCUGGUCCUGGUCUUGGUCCUGGUCCUCGUCCCACGUCUCCCUCUCCCUGUCAGUCCCCGAAUCUCACAACAAGAAUGUAUAACGAGUGACUGGUGACAAUGCAAAGAGGGAACUUGUACCUAACAAUUUAGAAUGGAGUAGUGGAAUAUUUGUACUCUACACGCGUGUAAUAUAAACCCACGUAAAUGAAUAGCUGUAGCACCUGCUCAUAUCCUGCCUUCGACGCCUCCUUCGUUUGCUUUCUUUACUGUAAAAAAAAAAACAUAAUGUAUAAGUCACACAAUGUAUAAAAUCCAAACAAUGCAAACUAGCGAGAGCUGGAACAAAAGAGAAAAUCAGGGACCCUCUUCGGAUGACAAUUAUGAAGUUUAACGCUUUGCAAAAGUGUUUUUUUGGGUGUCCUUUUUGUGUAUGAAAUUGCUAUAUAACUAGGUGUUCUACUUAUGAAACUGUUAUAUUAGUAUUGUUUUAGAAAAAAAAGAAAAUGAUAAAAAAAAGCUUAUAGUAUUUUAGACCGCUGGUCGAUCUUAAAUGAACAUGUAAAAAUGAGAAGUGUCAAAGUGCGUUCCUGGCAGUUUGAUCUACAUUGUAAUUUCUUCAGACCAAAGUUGAUCUUUAACACAAUGGUGAUGUGUGUCUGUGUAAACGGGAGAAAAAACUAAAAACAAAAACAAUCCUGAAAAUAUAAAACGAGAUCCAUUUAACUGCCUUGAUUCCUACUUUUAAAGCCAUAAUUAAUCUCAGCCUAUGUGUUUAUUAUGAUUUUACAUCCAUAACUUGUUUCUCCACGCAAUUUGGUUACAUUUUUUUCUCGUUCCCAUUUCUCAUGGUUUUUAUGAAGAAAAGAUGCAAACAUUAUAGUGGUGUGUUUCUGUUUUAAGGAUAAAAUAUUUAGUUGAAGGUUUGUCAUCGUCCUGGAACUUGCACAAAGUUGGAUUGUAGCUUCAGUGAAGAACGGCUGUUGUAUGUAGGAUAAUGGAAACUGAAUUAUACAGAACUGUGAUGAGUUGGCACCCCAUCCUGGGUUAUUCCCUGCCUUGUGCCCGUAGCUUCCAGGAUAGGCUGCAAACUGCCGUGACCCUGCCUACAGAGAAUGGAUGAAUGGAAUGUGUCUGUUCUGCGACAGACGCACCCAUUCCCACUAACUGAAGCCAUUUCAGAUUCUGAUUCUAAAUAACCGGAUAUGUUUCACUGUCAGGGUUGUGUAUUCAGAGGACUUCUCUUGUCAUCUUACAAUAACAUUUUAUACCGUUCUUGAUGCUCUCCAUGAAAAACAAGAUUCCCUGCUCCUUUUGUAAGCUGGACUUUGGGUGAUUAGUCUCGAUUUCAACCUAGAAUAAGAGUCAUGAAGGGAGAGACACCGCGUGGGAAUUUGAAUGUUCGAAUAGAGAUGCAUCUCAGUGCCGAUACAAUUGCACAGCAAUGCAAUUCUCAACUUUAUAAAAAGACCUCAUUCUUAUGGGCCGAUCUUAGGGAGAGUUUUAUUUUUUAUUAUAAUUUUUUAAAAUAAACAGUUAGCCUUUAUUUUGAUCCUACUUAGCUUCUUUUCACUGCAUUUUACUGUGUGUCAAAUCGACCUGGUAGCUUUAAGGAAAUCUUGCAGGAUGCACAGCGAUGGGGACAGUAUCCACCAGAGGUGUGAAUCCGUAGAUAAGCAGUAAAUCAAGUCUUCAUGUCACCUCAUAUUGCUGUGUCACUUGACUUUGGCGCUUGUAAACUGAAAUUUUCGUGUUGAUAAUGAUCUUUAGUUUGUAUUAGCUGUCUGGAUUUCAUCCCAGGUUGACUGCAACUGCUUACUGAAACGCUGCAGAAAUGCUGAAAUGCAGACCCGGAGUCUUUGCUGGGUCAGGAUUGAGUGUGUGUGUGUUUGUGUGUGUGUUUGGCCAUGUCAAUAAUGUCUGUAGGGUUGAUGUGUUUCAGUGUGAUACUAUGGGACCAUUGAAAAAAUAUAGCCUGUCUGUGUGUUUCGGAUAUAAACGUGUUCUGCUAACUGGUGGAAGAUAAAAAAAGAUACUUAGUUGACCUCACAGCUCCAUUAAUGAAUUACAUUCUCAGCUAAAUGACAUUCACCGGCUAUACAGCCGCAAACCAGCACCACGCAGUCAGGAUAUCAAAUGAAUGUGCUAUUGCACUGGUAAACAAAUUAUAUGAAAAUUGCAGUGGCAAACAAAUAAUGAAAUUAAACUGCUGAUAUGUUCACAUUUGUUCAGUUUAUAAAGCCAUUUUACAAGAGCGGUACUUACCUCCGCGUUCAGCUAUCUAGAAGAUGUAGGAUAGCAACAUGGUAAAUAGUGCAGCAGGAAUUGACCAGUCCUUACUCAUGAGUUUCUACUAUGGAGGAACUUUAGAAGAUCUCAGUCCAGCAUCUCAGUGAGAUCUUAAAUGCUAGAUUUCACUAAUUUAUCCUGGAUCUAUCAAGCCAAGGCAGGUGCCAGUUAGGGGGUUAGACUAAGGACCAGUCCAGUCAGCCUCAGAACACGUCCCCAGUAGAAUCAGGCAGCCUGUAUGUGCGUUUACCACGUUCCCAUUCCACCUCAUCAUGGUCAGCCGACUUAUUUAAUGACUAUUUCUGCUUCCUCUUCUUCCGCGUUGCCGAUCAACAGUAUGUAGGAAGAUGUUUGUCUAUCUCCUGCCAUUAUUAUUUUUAUUAUUAUGAAAACAGCUUAGGGCAAAUAGCAGAUGCAAUAAUCUGACACGUGAAAACUGUGAGAGAUAUAAUGUAUGGAAAAUGUAUAGAAGAAAGCAAUAGAACUGAAAGACUGAAGUGACUGAAAAUUUCUGGCAAAACUACACAGCAAAUAAGUAACUGUAGAUACAUCUCACUUAAUGCCCUAAUAGGCUGUCUGAAAAUGUCUGCACAUAUUUUUUAAAUAUCCGCAAUAAUCUAUAAUUAGUCUCUCCAGUCAUACACAGCAGGACAUUACCACUGAUAUAUUUGCACUUGCUAAUUAUGGCGACUUUUUUGCUUCUUAGUAAGAUUGUGUGCGACUGACGUGCCGUCCUCAGUGUCCCCUGCCUUGGCCUGUGUGUCUUCCUGGACAAGGUCUGGGCCGUCGCCACCCUGACUGGGGGAGGAGCUGUCGAAUUGGGAUGGGUGGGUGGAUUGUUGUCAAGUUUGCUUUAUCGCUAGGGUGUCCCGGAGAUGAGAGUUUGCAAUGACUUAUAGUCCCCGGGGAAGGCCGGUGCUUUUGUGUUGCCUGGUUUGCCGUUGUGAGGAUUGAAGGGAGACGGAUAAAUCAGAGUGACCUCGUGGUAUUCCAUGGGCGGGGACCAGUUAAGCCGUUCCUGAUCCCGGCAGGAGAAGCGAUGAGAUGGUUUCUUGAGAAUAGCGUUUGACGGGCUCUGUAUUUCCAAUGCGAUUAUCCCAUUCCAAGGCUUAUUAUAUGAUCCUUGUAAUUACUUUAAAUAAAAAUAACUCAGGAUUUAAUUACUUAGACAACCUGAUUAGUCUAUUAACCAACUUUGGGCUGGUUUUGUGUGCAUGUCUGACUAGCAAAGCACACAUAGACAGAUUUAUUGUUUUCCUGUUCUAUCCUUUUCAGAGGCAAGUUAACUGCUUUUUUCCCCCGAUUUCUUCACCCAGGGAUUAUUUUCAGAUCAUUGUUGUCAUCCUGGGUCAUUCCAUAAUGGUGAUCAUAGUUACAUCUAGUGGAAAAGUAAGGUUUCAUUGAAGCAGAGGGCAGAGUAAGACACGGCUUCACUUCCAGCACAAAUGGCAUGUUGCGAUAUACCUGGAUUUGGUCUAAACUAGAUCCCCAUAAAAGUUACUUUUUUUUUUUUGAAGUACUACUUAGUUUAACCCCGGGGAAAAGUAACUGGAGAAGUCAAGGAAUUUUUGUUACAUGAAGUCACAGAUUUGGUACAUGAAUAUCACAGAUUUUUAAAAUGAUUACAGCUAAUCUGUAGCCUUUUAUGUUGAAUGUAUGUGAAGGACAGUAGACGAUGACUCUUAUACCAGAAGCACUGUAAAACAAACAAACAAAAAUGACACAAAGACAACCAAAUGCAAAGCAAGUUGAAAGGAUAGCUGUACUUCCAAAUGCAUCUUUGUUCUGUGACAAGUGGACCUCUGUGUAGUUUCGCUUCCACUCGUCACAAAGAAACGUUGCAUGGAGGAGCAGUGUCUGUAUUACAUCUCAAUCUGCAUUGAGAUAUUUGGUGCACAGCUGACUGUUACGGGAGGAUAGCGAUAUUGCCAACUCAUGUUCUCACUUCCUGUUUGAAAUUUACUGCUGCAUUUUGGGUAUUUUGAGUUUUUUUUUGGCAAAUGUUGUUUUUCUCCAAUACAUUUUGAUAAUCAUUACUUUUUGAAGUGUAACAAAUUGAGAGGCUGAUAGUUUUAUAGUAGUUUUUCAUUGACCUAGUGAGCUUUGUCUGCCCGGAAAAGCUCAAUUCCUGCAUCAAAAGAACAUUCUGCACAGCUCUGGUCAUUUAGCGUUUCUGCCAUUUCUAAUUAUUUCCACUAUAAAAAAAACGAAAAAAUAAGUGUGGAAAAUUGUGUGAUCGGCAUUUGCCCAGGUAUGAUAAGAAUUUUGCAUAUGCCCUGUGAGGGGGUUGGCACCCAAUUCUGGGUUGUUCACUCCUCUGCACCUAUAACUUCCUGGAUAGGUUCCCAUCCCCGUGGCCCUGAAUGGGACAUGUGGGUACAAAUAAUGGAUGGAUGAUAAGCAUUUAUUCUUCCACACUGAUGUCACUACACAACUCUCCACAAUUCUAGAUGUUAAUUUUACAUCAGUGACAUUCCUGUUUAGCCAAUAUAGCGUUAACAUGCCUAUACUGCCAAAUAAAUGUUCUAGGAAAAUCUGAAGGGAAAAAGAAAUGUUUCAUAGUUUAAAAAGCUCCAGGUUUCCACAUUGCACUGCAGAUUCAGGUUCAUUUCAGAUUGAAAGGACAUUAGGUUCCUCUGGGAGAAUCCUCUUUAAUUAACAACCAGCGUUUUUGUGGGACAAGUCACCUCAAUGACUUCACAAAUCCUUGGGUUUUUCAGAAAGGAAAAAAAAAUGUCAAAGGCACCGGAAGAUGAUUGUGGACGUGUGACUGAAUGAAUACGCCGACUGCACAUUCUCUGUGUGUAUCUCACUGACCCUCUGCUGUUUUUCCCAUAUGCUGGUAUCUGAAUCUGCCCUAUACUUUGAGCUGCUGUAAAUUGUACAGAUUUAAAUGUUUGGGGGCUAAAUGUUAUGAACAGGAAUGUUUCGGGGAGCCCAGUGAUGUUUACGACGCUCCUGUUUCUCGUUCCAUCCGAAAACCUUAACUACGAAAUUGGACCAGUCCUCGUUCGUUAACUACGGAGUAUUACGCGAAUCAGGGUUUUGCUUUUAUUGUCUGAGUCACAACAUGUGUCCUGUACAUACCUACUGCCUAGUGUAUUUCCUUUCUAAAUGCUGUUUCUUUGUGUGGGUAUGAAAUGCAAAGUCCUCCUCCUGUUGUGAUAAUUCAUUGCAAUACGUGACAAAGAGAGAAGGAGAAAUUGUAAAUUACAUAUAAAUAUAUAUAUAGAACUGAAUUUUCAGUUUAACACUUCUUUUGCAUUUAUCAGAAAAUAAAACUAUUUCUUCAGCUGCAUAUGUAAUCCUUAGAGAUGCCCAGCUCUCUGUCGGAUGCUGAAAGCUCAUCUAAUGUACCUGUUUGAUUAUUGUAUAAGACUCUACGUCAACGCGCUGUAGUUACAGUCAAAGGAGCUGUAAUGUUGUGUGCAGUCCGUCAGCGUCGGGGCAGGCAGAACCUGACAGAAGAUAGUUCCUGUUCACUGCUCCGGGAUGACAGUCCAUUCCAAAAAAGAGUCAAGGAACUAAGCCAACAAAAUGCGAGCUCCAGAGAUUCCACCCAAGCAUGAAGAGAUGCAAGAUUUUGGAACAUGGCUAAAGAAUUGGUUGAUACAAUGUUUUUAAAAUGUAAAGGCAGUUUGAAAAAGUGGCAGCAUUCUGAGUGUCACUGGGAUGUCCUGGAAGUUACUUGUUCUCAUGCAAACCCCUGUAUGAACAUUAAAGGAUUUUCAGAGCUGAACUGUAUUGUCACGGGAGUUUACCGACUUUCACCAGAGUCCCUAUGAGACGGAAGAGAAACAAAGCAUCAGAUGGUAAUUAGAAUCCUGCCAGUUAAGAUUCCUUAGUCCCAGGGUUCACAGGGUUUCGAUACUGAGUACCUGCAUAUUUGCGUCGCUGUUCUUUGGGAUGCAAUUCUGGCAUCAGUUCCAGGUCUCAUUGCAGGGGUAACGCAACUACGGCUGUGUCUACCUGUGGCAAUAUCAGUCAGCGGCAAAGAACAAAGUGUAUUUGUUAAUAAUUACUUAAUGUACUUUUAAUAAGUGGAUAUGACAAAAUUGUUGAAUCUUUAUAAUGGAAUAUGAUUCUUAAUGUAUUGUUGAAACAUUCUUUUUCUGUGGAGACUAAGCUGUUGAUUAAGGUCAAAGGUCAGUGCUUGGUGCUCAGAAUGUUUUGGCCAAAGAAGUACAAAGCAGAGAAAAAGUCUAUCAAACGAUCUGCAUUCUGGGCACCGCUGUCGAACCCGUGACGAAAGUCCACAUGAGACGCCUGGCACAUCACGGCACAUCACGGCACAUCACGGCACACUGUCGAUGUGGCGAUGGUGUCCAGCGAAGAAAUGCAGUAAAUAAAAAGUGCAAUAAAAGACAAGAGCAUUGGUAAUACUCCCCGCAGACGCCUCGUCUUUUCUGUUGGUGAUAAUGACAAUUAUACUUCACAUAAGACAGAGAAAAUGUUCUUUUAGAGGGAUAUUACAAAUCUCAAUGAGCAGUUAUAAUUCACGUUUUAAAAGGUUUGUUCACUGUAUUAUAAAAAUGGCAAUAAAGCAUAAUUUGUACUA